AUGCAAGCAAAUUACCCCAAAAAGUUACCUAAACCACAUUGGGAUAGAGUGCAUUUGGAAUAUCCAGUGAGAAAACAUCCAGGAACUGGAGUGUCGAGUGAAACUAUUGGACGAAAAUGGGCAGGCCAACCAGAAGUGAUAAUGGGAAAGAAAACACCAAUCGAAGAGAUCAAGGACUACUUUCGAGACUACAACAUUACCAAACAGUUGACAAGGUCACAGUCAGCUAACCACUAUGGCUUCAAACUGCCUGAAACGAAGAGGUUCAACAAACAUACGUCUUGUUUGGAGAACGAGUAUGUUUACCCGCAGCCUAGAAGGAUCGAAGACAGAGUACCACAAUGUUCAGCGCAUGGCACCACAGAAAUGAAGAGUCAUUACACUCCACCAGUUAUACCUCCUCGGUUGAUCACAGAUAAGGAUCGGUACAAACUCCCCACUAGACUGCCACAAGAUCCACUUCCUCUAGAACCCAGCUGGCAAACAGAACUAGAACCUAUUGAUACAACACAUGAAGGGUUUGAGAAGUACUUAGACCCAUACUUGACGACCAGCCGACUGCAUCAUCGACCCUACACAGCUGAUCAAUUGCAGAGACAGUCAUGCUCUAAGGAUAUUGUUACUUAUUACACUUUCAAGGACAUGCCUUGGACAAGAACUCCAAAACCUCAAACAGAAUGUCGACUUCCAGUGAGCAAAGCAAAGUCUGUGUAUGACAGAGAAAAGUUUAAGGAAGGUUUUAGAGAAAUAAGGACCCAUAAUAAACUACCAUGGGUACCAGGAACGUUCCGGACUGAAGCAAGAGACUACUACAUACCUCCUACAUUACAACCAGUCUCUCAAAUACACAAUUACGAAGAAGAAGCCAGAAGUUUCUAUGAGAAGUCCAUUGCACAUUUAUCGACUAACAUUUCAGAAGAAUACGACGCUUUCCAAAAGCAAUAUUCUACAGAAAAUUCUGUUGUGGGUUCUAGAAGACCUAUUUGUUCUGUCCUCGACCAGUAUAUUGAGAAAAAUAAGAGAUUAGAGAGAAAAAGUGUGCAAAUAGGAUAA